UAUGGUCGAUUGGUGUCUCUUGAAGUCUUUUCUCUCAUUUAGUGACUAAGCGUUUAUUAUAUUGAUUCUAUUGAACCUUACGGAAAAUUUUACCGCUACGUGCCAUUUUAUACAACAAAGGAAAAAAAAGAAAACUUAUUCGUUCAAUCAAAGUGUAUUAUCAUUGUCUUGAGUCUUUUGGUCGGCAUUAACAAGGAACAAAACUAUAUAGCAUGUCUGCUACCGCGUUGUUCGGUAACACCUCGGGGCUCGGUGGCAGCUCUGGAGGAAAUAAACAUUUGGUUGAGUUUCGUGCUGGUAGAAUGACCUUAAAAGGUCGCAUGGUCCACCCCGAUAAAAGGAAGGGUUUAUUGUAUGUCUAUCAAGGUGAAGAUUCCUUGAUGCAUUUUUGCUGGAAAGAUCGUACCACUGGCGAAGUGGAGGACGAUCUCUUAAUUUUUCCUGAUGAUUGUGAAUUUGUCAGAGUCAAUGAAUGUACCACUGGUCGGGUGUAUGUGUUGAAAUUCAAGUCUUUUUCAAAGAAAUACUUUUUUUGGUUGCAGGAGCCUAAAACAGACAAAGAUGAUGAAUACUGCCGUCGCAUUAAUGAGGCUUUAAAUAAUCCUCCAACAUCAGGUGGCCGCAGUGGUGGUGGUGGUGGAAAUCAGGAAGGAGAGAUUCAGAAUUUCUUUAAUAACAUGUCACAGCAACAGUUGAUGCAACUAUUUGGAGGAGUCGGCCAAAUUGGAAGCUUAUCUUCCUUCUUAGGAACAGUAGGCAACAACAGUGGCAACAGUGGUAGCGGCAACACGAGCACCCGACCAUCGGCGGGCAGCGGCGGCAGCUCACGCGGUGGUAGCGCUCCGCGCUCUACGGACGCUAACACGCGCUCUACGGAAUCGAGCACGCGCUCCACGGAAGCAACCACGCGUACUACGGAAGCGAGCACGCGUACUACGGAGGCAAGCGCGCGCACGCCUGCACCGCUUCGCGCUCGUGAUGCACCCGCACCCACUGCUACACCGCCCAACACUGCCACCGCUGGUCAGCCACCAAGUGGCCAAAUAUUCUUAUCGGAUUUGCAACGCUACUUCUCGGGGCUCGGGAACGCGCCGCCAGAAGGCGAGAGCGGCGCGGGAGCUGCGGGCGCGGCGGGGGCUGCGGGCGCGGCGGGGCCCUCGGGGGCGGCGGGGCCGGCGGGGGCUCCGCGCGUGGACCUGGGCGCGGCGCUGGCCACGCCCGAGGCGGUGGCGGCGGCCGCGGCUCCGGCCAGCGCGCAGCGCCUCGCGCCGCACCUGCCGCCCGCGCCGCCCGAAGGCACCCAGGACGAUGUAAGGACCACCCUGCUCUCACCGCAAUUCGCUCAGGCGGCAAACCAGUUUUCGUCGGCGCUGACUUCCGGUCAAAUGGCGCCCGUGAUAUCCCAAUUUGGUCUUUCCCCUGAAGUAGUAUCUGCUGCACAUACCGGCGACAUGCAAGCGUUUUUCAAAGCUCUUGAAAAUACAUCCAAUGCUUCAGACAACAGCAAGUCUAAUGAAGGAAAUGACAAGAAGAAGGAUGACAAAUCCAAAGAUGAUAAAAAUAAUAAAAAGGACGGGGAUUCUGGAAUGUCUCUAGAUUAAUUGAUUGAUUGUUCUUAUUAUACUUUAUGUUAUAUACAUAAAUUUAUUCUGUAUUCACAAAAGUUGAAUAUAUACUUUUCUUUGUUAGCAAUAACUGCUUAAAAAAUAGUGUUUAAAAAAAUCUUACUUUUAAUUCCCAUGACUAUUAAUAAAUUGAUUUGUAGUCGGUAGGAAUGUUUAAUUAAGAGUGUUUAAAUUUGCAUUGUUUUAAAAUACUCUAUCAAUAAAUUGGUUUUUGUGUAUAUUAUUCUGAUAUUUUGUUAAACGUAUUAAGGUUCACUUUCAAUUGUGAUUAAAAAAAAUAAAUUUGGCACAGACAUUUUGGUAUGAGACGGGAGAUAUCUUAAGACUCUUUAUUGGUUUAAAGCUAGCUAAGUUUUUGGAAACUAUUGGUAUAAUGUUAAACAACCUGUACAAUUACAAAGAAUUACAUACCUACCACUAUAUUAUCAGUGUCAAAAUAUCAUCCGUAUUCUGUAAUAUCUGCCUAUUUCUCUCAGGCUACAACUGAAACGUCUUACAAAUCAAGCUGUGGGGGUUAUUAAGGUACUCACGCAGUUCACUUUUUACAAUGUCCAAAUCUGCCUCUAGUGUAGGGCGGCAGGAUAAGUCGGCCAGGUCAAUUAGUGCGUCGUAGUGAGUUCACAAGGUAUUCGGGGAUCGGAGGAGUACUUGACAUGGUGUAUUGUUAGC